AUGUCAUCAUAUCAAAAGACAUCCCGCUCUUCCCUCUCUGCUCAACGGGAUGAGUCCAUAUUAAUAGGAGUAACAGAUACGGAGAGAGUCUCAGAAAAAAAUUACGAUAGUAGAAUAGUAAUCUUAUUAUUAAUCAUACCAAUAUGGACAUUUCUAUUCACUGCCUUACCGGUCUUGAUCAAUUUUCAGGGUGUACUCGCGGAUUUAUACAGAAUCGUCGAACCGAUUGUCGGUCUUCCGUUAUAUUAUUUCCUUCUCUUGUCUGCAGAUGUGUUUACCACUGACAUUAAUCACAAGCGAAAAUUCGCCUUUGGCCUGUCUGAAAAAUCGUUCCUGGGGUUAUGGUUUAUGAUUGCGGGAUCAAUAUACACUCAAGGCGCUGCAAUGCACGCGACAGCCAUAAUGGCAAAGCAUGAAAUCGAGAAUGCAGAGGCUAAUAACCCGCAGAUGGUGUUAGCAUAUCCUGUAGUAAAGGAUGUUGAAAAUUAUUAUCGAGAUACGCUCGAACAUCUGAUCGGUCAUUACAUGUAUGCCGGUGGUGCCAUAUUGAUAGCCCUCUGUAAUAUAAUCGCAUUCAGGAAUCAACGUCACAACUCUCCACACUCUGUUCCACUGAUUAUAGGAUGGGUAAUAGGGUCACUGAUGUAUGGCAUUCUGAUUGCGGGCGUGGCUAUCGAAUUUCCAAAAGGAACCAUAGUAGGACUUGUCUAUACCCUUGUACUGGGAAUACUGCUUGGAAUAUUUCUAAUUCGUGUGAAAGGAAUAUCCCUCCAUGGAAGAUGUCUUGUGCUCCAGUAUUAUCUCAUGAGUUCCGUGGUAGCCUUAAUUAUUAUUGUGAUUUGGAUCUGUAUUCAUGGAUUCACAGACCGCAAGAGCGCAGGCUAUCUCACGAAUUAA